UUAUACACCCAAAGAGUCUUAUUCAGAUCCAGUUCAACCAAUCGAUCUGUGUAAUGCUCGCAUCUGUCCUGCCAACAAACCGCACCUCACUUGCAACAAAAUGUUUUGGAGUCCCAGAUGCGGUAAAAGGCAUGAGGGAGUCGGGCUAACUGGACAAAGGGACUAUAUACUGAAGAGAAUAAACACAUUUCGUCAAAGGGUUAUGAAUGGAAAGGUUCCGACCCUGCCCCGAGCCAAAAAAUUGACGCCGCUAAGUUGGGAUGACGAUCUGUGGAUCCUCGCGAUGCGGGUGAGCAACCAGUGCCAGGACACACUGGAGGGAUUUUGCAUCAACACACAUCGGUUCAGAAAGGCGGGUGAAACCUCGGAUUUUAUGGUACUGAGACCUGGUGUCUUUCCCGAUAUGAUUUCCUUCACAGACAAAUGGAUUGCAGCCGCACAAAAGUUGAGUCCCGAAGACGUGGACAGUUUUCCCCAAAAUCCCAAUCCCCUUGUAAUGGCAGCCGGUAAUUUGUUGAAUGAAAAAAACAGAUACAUCGGUUGUGGCAUGCUAAGUGCCAUAGGGAGGAUGUAUGCCACGUGCCUCUUCUCCCAUAGGGUGGUGUCUGGUGGCAAACUCUAUGACACCAUCCCAAAAUUACGCAGCAAAAUCAAAGGAAAGUUUAAGGAUCGAAGUAAACAAUCACAACCUCCCAAAAAUGAAUCUUCUCAAAACACAAAAUCAGAAACCCCCAGAACCACACCUCCAUUUGAUUUAAGUUCUUUAAUAACUAAUUUUUCUAAAAAAAAAGGUUAGUAACUCUUCUUAUUCUAUCCUAAUAAACUAAAGCUCUUCGGAUAAAAGUUUGUAUAUUUUGUAUUUUUAUAGCUUCUCUUAAUCAUUUAAAAAUAAUAUU